AUGGCUAGUAUCAAAGAAAUAAAAUCAUGUGAAAUUUCUCUUUCUUCCCCAAGUCUUAAUAUUCCAACGACACCUAAUGCAACUUUAUCCAUCAAAGGUGAUAUUCGUCUUUUACUUACUGCCCCAUUAAAAGUUACUCAAGCGGUUGUAAAGCUUCAUGGAUAUUCUCAAAUUGAUAAUUCUCAAAAAAUUACUACACGUAAUUUGACUACCAAAGAUUUAGUUAAACAAAAAAUUACCGUGAUUAAUAUUGCAAAAACUUUAAAUGCUGGUGAAAAUUCAUUUCCAUUUUCAAUUACCAUUAAAUCACCUCAAUAUCUUCCGAGUAGUGUAGAAGGUAAACAUGCAGCGGUACGUUACGUUUUAACAGCAGAAUUAACCAAAGCGAAUCCUCAUGCUAUUCAUAAGGUAACAAAAAAUGUUAUUCUAAGAAAGAAUAAAUUAUUAAAAGGUGAAAAAUUUGAUAUUAAUGAGAAAGAAUUACACGAAGAUGAACGUGAAGGAUUAUUGAAAUAUAAAGUAUACGUUUCUAAAUAUUUAGCUAUUGAUGAUGAUAAUGAAGAAGUUAAAGUGGAAGCAUUUGAAUAUGAAAUGUAUAAUUUUGCAAAAUUUAAUUCCGUUACUGGUGCUCCACCUGUAGCAAAAACAACUGCAACCAAGAAACCCACAACUACCCCAUCAACAAAAUCUCGAGUUGGAGUUAAAAUUCCAGCAUUUUCUAAUCUUUCAGCAACAAAUCCUCAUCAAACUAUUCCUUUACUUACUCCACCUCUUGUUAUUCCGGUAUUAUCGGAAGCAUCUGAACCGGUUUCUUUUGAAAUUCCUAUUCGUAGUCGAAUGAAAUUAAAUGCUAAUGUACUAUUUUUGGAAAUUAAACAUGAAGUAAUUAUGACUAUAAGGUUUGAUAAAUUUAUGUUAGCACCUUUGAAAUUGGAAGUACCAAUAAUUGUUAUACCGCGUGAUGCAUGUUCUUAA